CAUUUGGUCAUGUAUUUUCCACUUUAUCACCAAUCCUUAUUUACGGAAAUGAAUUAACGGAUCAUGGGUUUGAUAGUCCGAUUUGUAUUAUAUCAAAUAAAGUUACAACUUUUGCAUCAUACCCUUUACAAUUUUUUCCAUUAGUCAUAUCGUUUUAUUUAUGGUACGUGCUAGUCAAGCAAGAUCUUGAAAUCGAAAAGAGAUGUUUUUGGUGGGUUUCUGCUAUAAUUUGGUUAUUCACCAUAGUGUACACCAUUUCAGAGAUAAUAUUGUCGACUAACGAAGACAAUUGGGGGGUUUUGAUUUCUUCAUUUAAUUGCAAGGGAUCUAAAAACAAGAGAAAUUUUUACGGUUAUGCAAUUCCAACAAUAUCGCUGGUAUUUGUGGCGCUGAUAAUGACGUGUCAUACUUCAGUUAUCUUGUAUAACCGAUGGAAGAAAUUUAAUGACAAUAUGAACAGGACAACAGCGAUUAAAUUAGGACGGGCGGUUCGAUUGAACAUCCUCUGUAAUUUUAUGAGCGCAUCAAUAGCUGCAUUAUUUCUUCCAUUUUGCUAUUAUGUUCCUCCUGAUAAACCAAUUAGAGCCCCAAUGUAUGAUGAUGAUGAAAUUGUUAUCAUUUCAACGCAACCAUCCGUGUAA